AUGGAGUCUGAGACCAACUAUUUCGCCCAGCUUACAUCAUUGGUGGGAAUCCGUGCCAUCGUUCUUUGCUCUUUACUUACGAGGGAACAGGGGAUUUGCCAGCUUACUACGUUUCGCAAGCUCGUGAAGGCGUCUGCCAAAUCGGUCAUCAAGGAUCGACCGGCUCUGUACCCUCUCCCGGAACCCGACGACGAUGCGCGCAACGCAGCGCUCAAGAGCUUUGGCCAUAAAUCCGGUGUCAUAUUCCCUCACUCGACGGCUGGUGUGCCCAAUCUCGCGACACCGUUCGAGGCGAAGGCUGGUAUCACUGUUAUACAGGACGUGAUCAAGAAGAGGAAGACUCUGUUCGCCAAGCUCCUACCAUCGUUCCCGUACAAGCUCAACCGACACUCCGGUGCUCGUGAGUAUGAAGUCCCGUAUGCCGUUGUCGCUCUUGUUUAUACUACAAUUUAUCGCGUACUUGAAGUCAAAAUGCUCGGCGAGAAGGCCGCAGGGCCGUUCUCGGCUGCCGGGUAUGCGGGCACGUACGACGUCUUCAUCGCCGACAUGGAGAAGUUGGCAAAUGAACCUGGCGAACAUACACACAAGCUGUUUUACGAGUUGUACGGCCGUGUCUUGUAUGUCCCCCUCGCUCGCUGA